AUCAGCCGGGGUGGCGUUUGACAGGCCGCCUCCACUCCGCGGCCUCCACUCCGCACUCCGUCAGCUGGUCUCGCCUCGCGCUACAAGGCUCCACCCUCGCCUCGCAAAAUGGCUAAGAAUAAUCUCCGGGACAAGCUGGAGGGCAAUGAACUCGACCUGAGUAUGAUGAGCUUGACGGAAAUACCAGUGAAAGAAAUUGCGGCAUUGCCAAGGGCAACCAAGAUAGAUCUUUCAAAUAACCAGCUGACCAGUUUACCGUCCAACUUUGCCAUUGCUUUAACAAAUGUCACACGUGUGGAUUUGAGUUCCAACAAGCUAAAAGACCUUCCUUCAAACAUCCAUCUGCUGCAAAAUUUGCAGUAUCUUGACUUGUAUAACAACCAGUUGACAGAUUUACCAGUGACAUUCUGUCAGUUACGGAAACUCAAGUGGCUUGACCUAAAGGGCAACAAUCUCAACCCAACUUUGAGGAAAGUGGCUGGGGAUUGCCUCAACAAGAAAGAGUGUGAAGCUGCUGCUCGCAACGUUAUAGCACAUCUGAAACAAAGACAGGUUCAGAUGGAAAACGAAAGACUACAGAGGCUUAAGAGAGAGGAAGAGAUGGAGGCUGCCAGGCUCCGAGCAGAAGAAGAAAAGCAGGCCAAAAAGCGAGCCGAAAGGAAAGCAGCAAAAGAGAAAAAGAAAGCAGAACAAGUUCCACUUAUUAAGGUCAAGUCAGAAGCCAAUGGAAGAACACCUGUACCUUUGAAGGUUGUAGCACCAAGAACCUCUAACAAAAAAGAGAAAAAGAAGUCCAAACAAGCAACAAGAUCAUCCCUCCUUGGCUGGCUGAACUUGCUGCUUAUGGUAUGCCUUAUGGGCACACUAUCUGGUGGUGUAUAUCUUUACACUGAUGGAGAUUUCUCACAGAAAGGUCUUAAUGCUGCUUUCACAAAACUGUUGGAAAACUCUUAUACACUGGCAGAUAUCACUGCCGAAGCAUUCCAGCCUGAAAAUUUGAAAGUGACAGCUCAGACUGUUAGCAAGAAUAUUGUUGAUAGUAGUUCAGCUGCCUGGGCUGCACUUGAGGAAUAUACAGGAGACCUCAGUGUGUACACAACCCCAGUCAUUGACAUUACAGCACAAGGACUGAAUUGGCUGAAAGAAAAGUCAAUUCUGUGUUAUGAAUGGAUCUACAACAACAUUGAUUGGGCAUAUAUUGUGGAAACCAUAAGAUCUGCUCUAGAUUUCUUGCAUGGACAGUGGCUAGUUGUUUGUGAAGAAUUGAGUAAAAAUAAAGCUUUCAUGUCAGGAGUUGAAACCAUUAGGACACAUGCUGCUAAUAUAUUAGAAUUUCUUACCCUUUUAUGGGGUUCGUUGUGUAAACAGCUAGGCAUUUUUGUAGAAUAUAUUCAAGAAGAAGGUCCAGGCAUAUUGGCCACAGUGAAAGAGCAGGCAGCUGGAGCCUUGCAUGCUGCCAAACAGUCACUGGAAGGUCUAGUAAAGUAGAUCUAAUCAUAAACAUCUUUUAUGCUGUGUCAUUUAAUUUUCCUUGAAAAAGUAUGUUGUUAGUUAUGGUGGGUAUUUUGUUUUCCACAUUGAUGAAAUAUGUUGUUUCCACUUGAUGUGUAAUUGUUUAUUAUUAUUUUUUAUUUUUGUUAAAUAUUUUAAUUCAUUCUUUGGGUGCUAUGAUUUUGUUGAUUUGUAAUCAUCUAGUUUCAUAUCCUGAGCUGCAGGAUUUUGGUGCCAGUUCUUGAGAUUCAAGACCAUUUAUAUCAAGAAUAAGAAACAGGCUUGAUUGUUUAAUACUACUUUAUGUUAAAAGUAUACUCAUACAAUAUUAAAAGAUCUCAGAGUUUGAGAAUUUAUGAUAUGGUUGGGAAUAUGCUCUAUGCCAAAUGUUCUUGUUAUAUUGUACAGAAGUGUCUGUAUAUUGUGCAAGACUAUUAUAUACAUAUUGUUCUGCUAUGCAAAUUUAGCAACUGCAGGGAUUGUUUAUUGCAGUACAUGGGUUUGGCUGUUAAAGAAUUAUAUAUUUUGGUGAAUUAAAAUAUUGAGGUGUAUUCAUCAAUAAUUGUGAAAAAAAUAUGCAUCAUUGCAUGGAAGGUUACUCAGCUGAUCGUCAAGGGAACUCUAAAGGUUGAUCACUCAGUUGUCUUUAGAAAUUAUUCUAGAUAUAUUUUGGAAAAUAUUACCAGGAACAUGGGUUCUGAGAGUUCAGCUUUGUGUAGUACCUGUUUUACAUCAUUAAAUACCCUUUUGAGUAAAAAAAAA